CGCCGCUUUGUCUCCAUCCGCCACCUCCGCAUCGCCUUGAUCUCACAUCCUCAUCUCCCAUCAAUCACCAUGGCCGGCUGCUCCAGUCAUUGCUCCAACCAUCGCCCCUGUUCUCCCGACAUGGCUCGACUGGCCAUCGACGACCACAGCCCAGACAUCUUCGCCAUCGUCUGCUGCAACGAGAGUUUCCAGCUUGCCCUCGACCAUGAUACCCUCAAGACCCUGCUCCAGGUGUGUCGGCGAGCACAGUUCCUCCUGAGCUCCAAGGUGCCCCGCUUCCGCAGCUGGUGCCAGAAGGCAGAAUUGUGCCAUCCAGACGGCCAGCUGCGGAUCGGCCUCACACCCAGCGAUCAGAUCGGCAUCUCGCUGCACUGCAAGGACCAGGAUGCUGCCGAUCAAUCUUGGCUUGUUGCUCAGGCAGACCAGGGAAACACUGCAGCUUCGUACUUCCUGGCUCGGAUCCUCCAUGACGACCUCGGCGAGCCUAAGAACGAGUCAGAUUGGGAAGUGCUAUUGGCCAGGCGCCAGCGGGUAUUCAACUAUUUUCACAACGCAGCCAAUGCUGGCCAUAUAAUGGCGCAAUUUCACCUGGCAGGCUACUAUCGCAACGGCUUUGGAGUGUGCCGAGACCACACCAAGGCCAUUAAUAUGUAUAUCAAGCUUGCUAACCACGGAGUUGCAUCGGCUCAAUUUGUCCUUGGCCGGUGCUAUGAGAAUGGCACCGGUGUCAGGCAGGGCUAUGACGCAGCCAUCGAGUGGUACACGAAAGCCGCUGAUCAGGGUAGUGAAGACGGUCGACUCCGAAUCGUGUUUCUGCGAGCCUGGUUCUCGUUCAUCGGCCGGGGUGUCGAACAGAGCGAUGUCGAUGCCCUCACUCGCUGGCAGGAGGUCCGCACAAAGUCCUCCGAUCCAACCAUCAAGCCGAUUGCCACAUACAUGGUUGGAUGGAUGCACUACCUCGGCCGCGGUACGCAGCGAAAUGAACGAAAAGGGAUCAAGAUCAUCUGCGACAACCAGUCCGACGAUUUUUUCCUUGCAGAUGAUUGUUUGACUGAGCGGCGAUUGGCACGCUCUGACUCUCCAGCAUCCUGCAAGUUCUUCAAUUUAUGCAAGCUUGGAUCGAAGCGAGAUUGGCUUUGCAAGCAUCUCAUGGCCAUAUGUCUCAUCCAUGGAUUUGGAACUUUGAUCGAUCGCAAGCAAGCAGUGGUCAUGCUGGAGCAACUCGCCAACGAGGGGCACGAUGAUAGCCAAUACUGGCUGGGAGAUUGCUACUACUGUGAGCUAUCUUCACCAAAGAACACGCCAAAGGCAUUUCGGUGGUUCGUUCAAUCUGCAAACCAAGGCAACUCAUACGGACAGUAUUUAGUCGGUCGCCGCUACUAUGAUGGACGCGGGGUCGAAAAGGAUCAUGUCAAAGCUGCCGGAUGGUUUCGUUUGUCGGCUGAACGGGGCAAUCGGAACGCUCAAAGAUGGCUCGGCACCUGCUAUCAGAAUGGGGAGGGUGUCGAUCUGGACAUCGACUCUGCGCUGUUCUGGUAUCGCAGGUCAGCCGAGCAAGGCAAUAGGGGUGCCAUCACCACCCUCAAAUCUCUUGGUAAAUGGUGAUGACGUUCUGGUCGGUCCGGAGUACCGCGCACGAAAUGAGAGGUCCAAGCAUUGCAUUCCUUCUUGUGUAUUUUAUUUUUAGUUUUAUUUUUUCUGUUUCUCUCUCUCUCUCUCUCUCUCCCGCGCUCUUUCUUCCGAUUGCGGGGAUGUCGGGUCAUCAGAUUUUGUUUGUUUUUCCUUUCACUGAACUGGAGCCAUAGUCGCUGCAAGGCAUCAAAACAGACUGCCUGCCGGUACAUCAACAAAAGAAGACACGGCGAUGGUGCAGGCUAGAUUAAGAGGAAGGCAAGGGCGGUGCAUAUGCGUCGGUGGCGUAUGGAGGGGUGGCGCCUCGAGGAUGGCGGGGCGAAGAGGAGAGCAA